AUGACGAACAUUGAUGUCCAAUCACAUAGAAAGCUUGGCGAGAAGGGCUUCGCAGAAAAUAGUAUCCCUAAGAAGAAUCAGCUGGACGGUGAAGGGAAGGAGCUCCUCUACAAGGCACAAAUUCGCUCUUCACUCGAGUACUCCUGCCUCGCGUGGGGGGGAGCAACCAUCACUAGCCUCAAAAUCUUGGACAGAAUACACGAAAGAGCGAAAGAGAAUCAUCGAAGACAGGACCCAACAGUAUCAUCUGAACCUCGACAGACUUCAACACAGGAGAGACGUAGCUGGCUGGAUGACGAUGUUCCUUAUCCACCGCCAACACGUCCCGCACCUGCAGCCAAUGAGACAGCCAGGAAGACGAGCUGCGCCCCACGGGAGGAACCUCGAAGUUGCACGGCGCACCACCAGCGACAGUUUCUCUCCAGAUAUUCUAAAUUAUGGAAUCUAUUCAUUUCUAUCAUCGAUGUGGAAGCUCAGUCCUUACAAUCUUUCAAAUGUAAUGCACAUGAAGUCCGCGACCUGCUGUCCGGCUACCUGGUCCACAGCGUCCAGAUCACGGCCUCCAACGGCACGGCGCGCGUUCUCCUGGCCGAGCCGGAGGUGCUGGAGACGUGGGCCAAGUCCUCGCAGCACACCUUCCGAGGGCACAAGGUCACCAUCUCGCCCUCCAACACCGAGGGCCUGCUGUGCGUGUCCCGGCUGCCCCUCGACCACACCGAGGAGGAGUUCGCCGGCCUGGUCGGGGCGCUGGGCGAGGUGUCGUACUGCUUCCUCAUGCGCUCGGAGAAGACAGGAGAGAGCAAGGGCUACGGCUUCGUGGAGUACGUGACGAAGGAGGUGGCGUUGCAGGCGAAGUCGGUGCUGGACGGACGUGAAAACAGGGACCCGGUCCCUGUGUGGCGUUUGGGGCGGGAUCCGAGUCACGUGACCUUCGCCUCGUUGCACUCCACCUGCCUCUACGUCGACCGGCUGCCCAAGGACUACCGCGACAUGGGCGAGUUCCGGAGGAUUUUCAGCAAGGUCACCAACCCGCCGUACUGCCAGAUCGCCAUGCGGAACGGCGCCCUGCAGGACUGGGGUCUGGUGGAGUUCAUAAAACCCGGGAAAGACGCCGGGGAACGCAGUGCGUCGCUCCACAACUACGUCCUUCGCGGCCAGAGGAUCCGCGUCCAGUACUGCAUCCCCGGCGUGAGGGCCAUCAACAUCUAUAUGAAGAUCCUGAGCGAUCCGGUAAGUGGGAAGGGGAAAUCGGCGCUGCUUCCCGAGCCGCCAGCCAACAAGGUCUUCUCUCAGCUGCAGAAUCUCACCAAACACAACCCUGCGUUCGCCACCAGCCUGCAGAACAUCAUCCUGACGCAGAUCCAGUCGCUGGGGGUGAACCCCGGGGAGGGCGGCCCCCCCGUGCCGCCCCCCGCCCCCGGUCCCCCCCGGGGGCCGAGGCCCCCCCCCAACACGAGUUCGGUGCGCCCGCCACCGCCGCCCCCGCGCCCGGUGUCGCCCUCCAACGCCACGGUGCUCAACACCAACGCCCAGGCCGCCCUCGUCAUCCUGCUGGCCGCCCAGAUGCAGCUCCAGCAGCAGCAGCAGCAGCAGAGCCAGCAGCAGCAGCAGUCGCAGCAGCAGGGCGCCCCCACCGGCGCUAAUCUGCUGGCCAGCCCGCACGUGCUCAACCUGUUGCAGUCGCUGGUGCAGCAGGGCGACCCGCAGGCGACGCCCCACCGCGCGCCCGCGCCCGAGCCCACCAACGGCUACUCCAAGCCGCAGGGCGCCGCCGCCAGCGCCCCCAGCAUGAAGCCCAACUACAGAAACGGGUACAGCAAGAACGGCGUCAACAAACCCGCCAAGACGCCGCUGCUGCCGACGCCGGGCUCCGGGGGCUACGGCGGCGGGGCCUGGGAGGAGGGCGGGGCGGGAGCAGGCGGGGGCGAGAGCGAGAGCGGCCUCACGCCCCUCCUGUCGGGGCUGCUGACCAGCCUGCCCGGCCUGUCCACCCCGAAGACCGCCAAGGACGACCUGCAGGGCACCAUCUCCACGCUGCUCUCCAACGCCCACAGCCUGCAGCAGCUGCUCGGCACCCUCACCGCCAACGAGCAGCAGCAGCAGGCGCAGGUGCCGCCGCCCGCGCCGCCCCUGGACGCGAGCCACGCGGCGCUGGUGUCGGCGGCGACGCUGCUGCCGCCGCCGCACAUUACCACGUCGGCCCCGCCCCCCCUGUACCCCUCCAGCCCCCUCAUGUCCAUGCUGCUGACGGCGGCGGCGCAGCCGGCCAAGCCCGCGCUGCUGGGCGACGGCCCGCUCCGCCCCGAGCACCCCGCCGCCGCCUACAUCCCCGCCCACCUGGCCCCGCCGCCCAUGGAGCAGCCGCCGCCGCCCCCCGUCUCGUCCGCCCCCGCCUUCCUGUUCGCCUCGCCCGUCACCUCCAGGCCGCCCAUCCUCCACCCCGCCGCCCUCCCCCCCCACCCGCGCCUCCUGAACCCGCUCUACCUGACGCCCACCAAGGGCAUGGCGCCGCCCACGCACUCCUUCGGGCCCGCGCCCCCUCACGGCGGCUACACCACGCCCAUCGGUCACAAGCGCAAGAGCAACCACAUCCUGCCGUCGCCCGAGCCCUCGCCCGAGAACGGCUACGUGGGCCAGCACUCGCAGGGCAUCGGCGGCCACUACCAGGACUCGUACCUCACCAAGAAACUCAAGAAACACUGAAGGGGGAGCCGCCGCACGCAGGGGCGCCGCCGCACGCAGGGGCGCCGCCGCAGGGGGCCGCCAGACGAAGGAGAGACCGCGGGACCUCCAGAGGGCGCCCCCCUCCCCCUCCCAUCUCCCCGAGAACAGAAAACACGCCCGCACGCCCACACUGACACACCACACGGACACAAGCCCAUUCACACACAGCCACACAAACAAACCUCUCCUUGAACAUAUUCAUCUCUCGUUCUUUUCCCCCAAUAUUUUGUUUUAUUAUUGUUUGUAAAUCUUAGAGUUAGGUUUCGCUUCUUCCAAGGUACAGACACAGUUUAACCACUCGUGCUUGAGAUGUAAAUAGAGUCCCGCUGAGGGGCGCGAGAGGCUUAGGGAACAGGGCUUUUUAGGAGCAUUCUUAGUCUUCGGAGAGAAUACUACUUGCAGAGUAUAUUGGUCAAGUUUUAUUUAAUUUCUAAUUAUAAUUAGAAUGGUCUAUAUUUAAAAGGGAAGUGUAUAUUAUCAUAUCAUAUGAAGGUAUAAGCAGCUGAGGAAUCUUCUACAGUAUAUAUAUAGAUAUGCGUAUAUCUACAUACUAUAUACCUACAGUAUAUCAAAAAACCAGACUUGCAAAUCUAGAACCAACGUAGAGACUACCACAUACACAAAACAAAGUGCCUUUCAGAGCAAGAGUAGUGACUAUUUUAGCUGCUUUUUAAUUUAUUCUGGAGUUUGUGAAUAUCGAGUUUCUGAUAUUGAAGAAGUUUUGUAUGAAGCAUUAUUUUCAUACUAGUUUACUGAAGCAAAGGAAUUUGGAACUUAUGUACAGUGUGUCCUCAACAUAACGCUGGGCUGGGGACUCGCUAGGGCAGGAUGUGUGUGUAUGUCAAUAAGGGUCAUUUCUUUAAGGUUUAGCAUUAAGUGGUUGGGUCUUAUGCAUAGUGGUAAUAUAGCCCUAUCUUGUCCCCUGCCCAGUUGUUUGUUCUUAAGUAUGCUGAACUUCUUAAUCAUACGAUGUGAACACCCUCCCGGUCUUUACAGUGAGCAUUGUACUGUAAUUAAGGGCAUUAGGGCAUAUUUAAGAGUCUUGUAAAAAAAAAAAAAGAUAUAUGAAUAUAUAUAGACAUACCACAGGCUUUUUGAGGCAUUACAUAAACGAAUGGCAUUGUGUAAUUGGCUUGCGUUCCCAUAUGGAUUGUAUGGGAACUGGAACAGACACACUCACACACACACACACAUGCACACACACGGAACACACACGGUACACACAUAUACACACACACACACACACGGUACACACACACAUAUACACACACACGACAGUUAUCGUUGGCUUUGCCCGCGCGACGAAGAGGUGAGAAUGAGAGUUGAGUGGUUACUCUCUCUCUCUCUUUCUCUCUCUCUCUCUUUCUCUCUCUCUCCCACUUUUCAGAGUAUAUCGCGUGAGGUAACAACCAACUAAUUAUUUACCCAAAAAAUGGUUACUAAAAAAUGAAAAAAAAAAAAAAGUUUGCCUAAGAGAGUUGGAUAGGAAUUUGGAAGUUCUGUAACGAGAAGGAGCCUUAUGGUGAGUGUACAGAAGGCUCCAUUUUGCUGAUCUCGUCCUUGUCCAAUGUUUGUUUUUAAUUGUUAGUUUUAAUUAUUGAUAUUAACAUUAUUAUUAUUUUUUUUUCUGGAAAGGGUGUUUGUGAAAAAAAGACUUUCGAGGACUUAAAUUUAUUUUUUUCUUUCUUUCUCUCUCUUUCUCGAAAGGUCACAAAUAUCCCUGAAAUAAAAGGAAAAAAAAAAAAAAAACAUGAUCUGUGACUCUGUGUUAUAAAGAGAAUGAACAUUUUUUCUUUUCAAAUGUUAUUGUUAAUGUUAAAGCAAAACAUUAUAUUAAAAAAAAAAAAAAAACAACUCUAGGAUUUGCCGUAGUGUUAGUCAUUUUGCUAAGGAUAUUGUGAAGGAAAAAAAAAAAAAGGAAAAAAAAGUCGAUUCCACGAAGACAUUUUUUUCUUUCUUUCUUAAGGCGACAAGACUCGUGUGUGGAGUGUUGGAAUUGAUGAGACUUUUUAUGUAAACACAAAUUUAGAUUUUAGAAUCGCAUCUUCUCUCUCUGUCCCUAAUGUGGAGAAAAAAAAAUCUACAUAUCCCUUUUUGGUGGAGAUUCAAGGCGUUUGUAUAUAUAUUCUCUAUGUGUGUGUGUGUGUGCGCGAAGAUAGACCAAUUGAGGAAAGUGAUCCACGGGGCCAGCGCUUUCCUCGUGUUGUUUUCAUUUUAACUUUGUGGUUUAAAGGAAGAAUUUUGAAUUAAUCUUUGUCUUUUUUUUUCUUUUUUUCUUUUUGUGGCAAGAAUUAUGUUAAAGGUAGUUUCAUUCUUACCGUUUUUUUUUUUCUUUUGGGGUCAAUAGUUGACUUUUUAAAUGUUUUUUUUUUUUUUUUUGUGUGUUUUUGUUUUGUGAAGGAAAUUGCACGAAGAGAAUGCAAGAACUAAUGGCAAGAGCGAGGUCUGGCUGGCGGGUCAAUGAAUCAGCUGGCUAUCAUAAUUGGGUUGUUUCAAAUGCGUGCCCUUCUUGCAUGGAGAUUCAGGGAAACAGUUGGUUGAGUGUUGAAGAAUGUUGCAAGGCACAGACCUUUUAUUGUAUUUUACACUCUCUUUCUCCUUUUUUUUUAAUGAAAAUAAGGAUUCAAUAAUGUUAGUUUCUAUUUUAUAUGUUUCUGUAUAUAUUACUUGUUUUCUGUCAUUGGCAGCCAUUUCUUGCGUUAUUUCUUGCAACGGGACAAUCGUUCGAAUUGUUGCAAGAUGAACACCUUUCUUUCCCCUGUGUUUUUUUUUUAUUUUAAUAUAAUUCUUAUUCUGACAUAUAGACUAUAUAUAGCUAGUGUUUAAGUUGUCUAGUUUUUUUUUUUCUUAAAGGGAUUUUUGAAAUUCCACGCAACUAAAGGGAAAAAAGUUUCCUUAAAAAGAACGGUGAGCGAAAGGCAUGGCUUUGGAGAGCGUAUCCGAACACAUUAUUCGAUUCGCUUUUGUUUUGUGUGUGUGUUUUUUUCUCUCCAUCUUGUUUGUUAGUUUUUUAUUUGUAAUUAUGUAGAGAAAAAAAGAAAUUAGCUACCCACUUUUUUUUAUUUUGUCAUUAUUUGUAAUCUAUGUGUGUUUUAUUUACAGCAUUGUGUUUAAAGUGUGGUUACGCUUUUAUAUACUUAUUUUGAGUAGUCUUUCCCAAUACUUAUUUACUUGUGUGUAUUACUUACAUACUUAUAUGUGAAGCGAGGUCUUUCACCCACCACUUAACACAGACCGUUCCUGGCGUGUACCGUUCUAGGCAAGUUGCUCCUUGGGGAUAACCUGGGCAUUAUUAGCACUAAGGUGUAAAAUUAGAUGUAUAUAUAUAUUCGUUUAGUUUAAUUUGUUUUGUGGAAGACUUGUUUUUGAAGUUUUCUUGUCUCUGUUUUAUGAAGAUGGCAUUGAUAUGUUUUUUUUUCAGUUUUUUUUUUUAUUUAUGUUGUUGAGGUCCAUUGUGUGGUCAAUGGAAUGAUUUUUUGUUUUAUUGGCUUUUUUUUAAGUAUUUUUUUCCCCAUUUAUGUUUGUAUAUUUGGUUUUGUCCUUUUUUUUUUCUCUCUCUGUCUCUCUUUUCGUCUCUUUUUUUUUUCUUCUCUCUCUCUCUCUCUCUUUCCGUCUUUUCUGAUAUACACGUAAACUGUCUUCAUUUUGUUUCGUGCAGAAAGAUGAUCCUUGACGUUGCAAGAUAAGAUUUUUCGAAAUUUUCAAACGAGAGCGGAUCCCAAGCACAGGUUUAAGCCACAGGUUUUCCUUUUUUCUCUUCGUUUCUCUCUCUUUCUCUCUCUCCUUUCUUUCGUUUUUUCUGUAUAAGAACUUUCUUCUCUCUUGUAUUUUUUCUUGUCAAACACCUUUAUCCAGACACUUCGUUACUGUUAUUUUUUUUUUUUUUUUUAACCAUUGUCAUUGUAAACAGCAAAUGGGGAAAAAAUAUGUUUUUUAUCUCCUUUAUGUCCAAGUUUAUCAUGUUUCCUUUGUCUUUCUUCUCAGAUUUUUUUUUCAUAUCUCUAUUCUUUUAUUUCAUUUAUUGCUCUUAUGCUUACUUUUUUAUUUUCUUUAUUUUUCUUUCUUUAGAGUUUCCUCUCCCUUUCUUAAUUUUUUUCUCUCUUUUUAUUUCCUUUUUUUUUUUAUCUUCCUAUCUUCCAUUUCCUCUUCGCAAAGUGACCUCCAUUUCGUAGCAUGAAAGCGCACAGGAUAGCGACCCUUCACUAAACUGUCGAUUUUUUUUUUCGUAUCAUUUUUCCCUUUUUAUUUCGUAUUCCACAUCACUCGGGCCAAUAUUCCACCCCUUGCGGCUUCACUUCAGGACUUGAACGAUAAGAAAUGAAAUUGAGGAGUAAAGUAGAAAAAAAGGAAUUGUUAGUAGAACCCUGUUUUUUUUUUUUUUUUUUUUUUAUGUACCUUUCCUUUUUUUUAAAGUUUUGUCCUAUUUUUUUUUUUUUCGAAUAUUGGCCUAUAGGAUGUGAGCCUUGCAUUGAUCUGUCGUUUUUUUAUUAUUAAUUGUAUAAUAUUUAAGACAUAUUUUUUAUUCCUUUCCUCCUUUCUUUCUCUCUCUCUCUCUUUCUUUUAUUAAAUGUCCAUAUUCUUUGGUAUAGAUGUUACGUUUAUUUUAAUGUUUUUUUUUUCUUCUUCUCCGUAAGGUAAAUAAUAAUAUCUCGGUUAAUUUCGUAUAAUUCUUGAAUCCACAGCCAGGUAUGCCUUUGAAUGUUCCCGAACGAAAGCUUUUGGUACUCAUUUCAUAUCAAGGAGAUGAUUUUACUUUCUUUUCAUUUUUUUUUUUCGUUUGUUUUAUUGGUUUAUUUAAUAUUCUGCAUUUUUUUUUUUUUUUUUUUUUUUAGAGAGAGAGAAUCUGGUAAGCGCCAUUUUUUCCAUUUGUUAUUAUUAUUAUUAUUAUUAUUAUUUUUUUUUUUUUUUUUUUUUUUUGAUCGUGGCGUCACGUUUCGGCGUUUCGUUUCGUUUCUUCGUAAGUUUUGAUGAGAUAAACGAAAAAAGUGAACUUAACUGGAUUAUGCAAUUUCGUUAGCAAAAGAUUUUGUCACUCGCGUUGCUAAUUUUCAGUGUACUGGGAAAACCUCCAGUUUAUGUUAUGGAAUAUUUCGUAUGAUUAUUCAAACAAACGUUCAGGGCAAACAUCGUUCAUUAUCGUAAAGCAGUUCUUACGUCAGUAAAAAUUUAUAUUUCCACUUUGUGUAAAUAUAUAUACAUAUAUAUUCUGGGAUACAGUAGGUUGGCUAGGUUAAGUAUAUUGGAUGCAAACGUGGUUAGUCAGGCAAAAAACAAACAAAAAAAAAGAUUUUAAAGAAAAGAAGAAAACAUUUAAUGAAUGUUUAAUUUUUUAUUUUUACUUUUAUUUUUUUCAAAGAUACUAAAUUGUCUUGUUCAAUUCUCGCCUGGCUGAUGACGCGUGCACCGUUGUAGAAGUCUACGGGAUCACGACCACCAUUUCACUUACGACGGUGUUUUCGUUUUUUGAGUGGGGGGCGGUUUGGCGAUGCCCUCUCCCCCUCCCUCUCCCAUCUUGGCGUUUAUACCCAGAUUUUGAGCUCAUAUCAUACCAGAUUCUGCAAGAUAAAGGAAAUAUCGAAAGUGCAAUCAAUAUUUCUCGUAAUUUAAGAAACGCAAAUUAUUAGCAAAAUAAAACAAAUAAAGGUGCAAUUUGUGAAGUUUUCUUUUGGAGAAAAAAAAAAGAGAGUUAUAAGUCUAAUAUUUCUUCCUAUAAACGAAUUGCUUGUUCUUUAGUACAACCCAGAAAACGGUGAUGGUGUUAUUAAGUUGCAAUACGUUCAUGAAAGAGAUUUUGUAAAAUUUGUUAUUAAAGAAGUUCGCGAUUUAUAUGUUUUAAAGUAAAGUAAAAAAAAAAAAAGAAAAAAAAAGUUCGUCAUUUUCAAAUAAAAUCCUCUUUUAUUUACGUCAUUUGAGAGUGGAUUUUUCAGUGGACUUUUUUUUUUUUCAAUAUAAUUUUUCCCUCACAAAAGUGCAAACACUGAUUUCUAAAUUAACAUUAUUAUACCUUUUGGUUCUAGUAACAAAUUCAAGUAUUUCUUCUUGUUUAAAACUAUCCAUAUUGUUACUAUCAUUUCUAUUAUGAUUAUUAUUACCAAUGUUUUAUUAUUAUCAUUAUUAUAUUUAUUGCUAUUAUUCUUAUUUCUCUUAUGCGCUGCGGGCAUUAAUUAGUCACUCAGUUAUUUAAUAAACUGAAUAUCUAACGUUUUUGGUUCACGACAGCCAUGGUUUCGUUAGCCUAGGGUAGUUUGGUAAUAAUCUUUUUUUUAAUUUCCAUGUAAUGAUAAAGUGUAAAUUUUUUGGUUUCAACACAUUUAGGUAUUUGUAAUUAACAAGAUAUAUUUAGGACGUCAUUCUCUCCUGGUAUUGGUUUAAUGCAUAAUGUAGAGAAAGAGCUAAACUAGUGGAUUCUGAUUUAAUGAAUUCGAUGACGUCAUUAUCGACGAUGUCCUUCAGCUGCUUCCAUUUUAUGCCGAUGUUUUUUUUUUUUUUUUUUUUUUUUUUUUUUAAAGACUUUAGAUUGGGAUAAAAAAGGCCUUUGGUAGAUUUAAAAAAAAAAAAAAAAAAAAUCUUCGAAUGUUGGCUUCCCAAGUAAACACACACAAAUAACUAUUAAAAAAAAAAAAAAAAAAAAAAAAAAAUAUCCGGUGAUCCUGUUAUUGUAUUUUCUGCAACUUUGACAUUUCUUGUAAGUCUGUCUUUAGUUCGUUUGUGAUUCUUAAUGCAUCUUCCCCUCUGUCUGUUUUUGAGGGGGAGGCCGAUGUUUAUUACAAUAUAUGAGAUAUAUAA